AUGUCAAUUCGUCGACGAAAUAAUAAUGGAACAAAUUCAUCAACUGCUUUUGGGUAGGUCAAAAAAUGAAUGCGAAAAUCCAAGGAGAAAAGGAUUUUUGGCUGGCUCGUCUGCUGCUUUUUCUGUGCAUUUAUGGGAUUGGUUUUUUUUCAUUUUUUCAAUUUUCAAAAAUGCUCAAUGCACUUUUCAUUUAAUUUUUGAAGCAAGCGCUGCGCCACAGUUUUUUUCGGGUUUUCAUUCUCGAAAACUAUAGUUUCUAUAGACUUUGAAAAUAACAAUAUUCUUCGGAAUGCUUGAAAAAUUGUGCGAGAAAAUUCUAGUUAGAUAACAAUUUUCAAAUUAUUAUUUCUGCAAAUCUGUGCCACGGUGUUUUUUUUCUCAUUUUUAUUUGAUUGAUUGACACAAAGUUCCUGCACUUUCCAAGUCCCCCGGAAAAAGUAUAAUUAUUCGGAAAAAUAAUUUUUUUCAUAGAAAAAAAUAAAUAUCAUGCAAAAAAAAUGAAAAUGAUGAAUUUGUAUGCGCAAAAAAAAGAAAUAUAAUUAAUUUCUGACACGGAAACUAAAUAAGUAUAUUUAUUAUGAAUUUGUUUUUUUUUCAGUGUCGAAGCAAAAAAUGAAAUGAGUUUGAGACUAGGCUUAUUAAUUUUUUGGGCCCCGAAACAUGCAAUUUCAAUUUUAUUGCUAGCUUUUCGCAUUUUGUUUUUUUUUGUUUUGUGAAGGAGAAAAAUUGUUUUUAGUUUGAGUUUUCAGAAUUGAGUAGGAAUCUUUUGAAAAUUGGUUGCCCAGUCGGAAUCUAGGCCAUGUCUAUUCUCUUGCGAAACUGUAUUAGAAGAUCUAGAAAAGUCGGAUUCUAGGCCACGACCAAAAAUCGGAAUCUAGGCGACAAGGUUUUUCGAUCCUUAUGUUGAAAUCUCAUCUUAGUCUAUAACUAGUGUUUCCAAAACUCAAGUUCUACCAAACCUGUUCUACCUAUAUGUAGAUAUCUGAUCUUUCAACCCCCUCAAAUCUACAGUAUCUUCAAUGAAGAUUCUUCAUACUAAUACAAACAACACUUUAGUCACUCAUUCAUUUUCCAACUCUUCAGCAAUCCGCCCGCGCGCCCUCAAAAUCAAAGAAAUUUGCCCUGAAAUAUGAUAUUCCAUUUUUUCCAUUCUUGCUUGCUUCAGCUUCUUCUUUCCUCUUCUACUUUUCGCAACACAAAGACAAAAAUCCGAUUUAUUUUUUCGAAAUCUUCUUCGAGUUAUUCUAACUACUAUUUUUUCUACAGAGCGCGGCGACACAAAAAACUAAUUGCCUUUUUUUGCUGUUGCUCCUGCCUCCUCCUGCCUUUUCCCUAUUUUUCAGCCACUGACUCUUCUUCGCUAUAAUUACUUACAUUAAGCUUUAUUUUAUUCUAUUUUAGUUUAGUUUAGAGCUUUCUCUCUUCUUUUCUUUUUUGCUUUUUUCGCGCGCCGCCUCUUUUUUCCAGAGUGAGCUACUUUUUUGAGUAAAACGGACAAAACAUAUCGAAUUACACGACAUACGGAUAACACUUUUUCUUAUUUUUCGCAGCCGCCUUGCUUUCUCCAGAGCUUUGUUGUUAAUAAUACCUAUUCAUCCGAAAAAAAAACACAUCCCAAAAUUCUAAAAUUUUUCCAAAAAAUAAAAACAAAAAAUUUCGCAGCGAGCAGGGAUCGAACCUACGCGGGCAAUGCCCAAUAGAUUUCAAGUCUAUCUCCUUAACCACUCGGACAUCGCUGCACACAUUUUUCAGCAAUUUUCAAUGUGUUCAGUAUUUCGUUUUCCUCAUUUAUUUUGAGAUUUUUGCAGGCAAACGGUUAUGGAUAGCGAGUAUCGGAUUAUUUUGAAUGUUGGAGGAGUUCGCCACGAGACCUAUAAACAUACUUUGAAGAAAAUUCCAGCUACAAGGUAACCUCAUAAGUUCCUGGAACUCUGAAAAAAUAUCAAAAUUAUUUUAGGCUAUCUCGACUAACAACAAAUUUAGCAAAUUAUGAUCCAGUGCUGAAUGAAUAUUUUUUUGAUCGACAUCCCGGUGUUUUUGCGCAAAUUCUAAAUUACUACAGGUAUUAUUUUGAAGCUCUCUAAUUUCCGGAACUGAAUGUCCUAAUCCCUCAAAAAUUCCAUCUAGGGAGUACUAAUUUGUGUUUUAGAACUGGUAAACUUCAUUAUCCUCUCGAUGUUUGUGGUCCACUUUUUGAAGAAGAAUUAAAAUAUUGGGGUUUGGAUUCGAAUGAAUGUGAACCUUGUUGUUGGAUGACAUUAUCUGGAACUAGAGAUACACAGGAUGUUUUGAAGACUUUGGAUGAAUUGGAUAUUGAAGUUGAUCAGACUGAAGGACCGGUUAGUUUUUGGGAACGGAUUCGGGGUCUGGAAUUUCUGAAUAUCGAUGUUUCAGAACUUUUUAAAAAUAAUUUUUUAAUUACUCAAAAAAUAGUGCAGAAAAUUAAUUGAGUUUUCAUUUUUUGUAAUUCGAAGGGGUUCAAAAAAAAUUGUUUUUUUUUGAAAUUUGAGACACAGAUUUUUUUGCAAGAAAUUUCCGAAAUUCCAUUCCACGUCAUGAAAUUUUCUUAUGAUGUGGCAGAAUAAAAAUCUCUCUAAAAAUAUUACUGUGCCUUCUUUUCAGAUUACUGUAAAUGUGUAAUACUUUUUAACCUGCAAUUAAUUUGAUCUAAAAAAAUCCCAUAAUUCAAUUGCAGGAACUCUACAAACGUUUUGGUUGGGAAGAUGAUUAUCAUAAUGACAGUCUUUCAAGUUGGCAAAAACUAAAACCUAGAAUCUGGCGAUUAUUCGACGAACCAUCGAGUUCUCGAAGUGCUCAAUUCAUCGCCUCAAUUUCUGUAUUUUUUCUAAUCACCGCUAUAAUUGUAUUUUGUCUCAAAACACAUCCAGGUUUUCGAAUACACGAAUUUAUAUCCGAUAAAAAUUAUACUUCGAAGCGGUGAGUUCUCCAACAACAAAACAUAAACAGCUUUGUUUUUCACAAUUUUUCAAAAUAUAAUUUAAUUUAAUUUACGUUAGUUUUCAAAAAAAAAGUUUUGUUUUUUUGCAGAAGCAUCAAUAUUCAUCCGUCUCUUCAUCCAGAACAAAGACAUAUCGAAAAAUUAGCGUCGAAACCGAAUCCAUAUUUCCAGAAAAUCGAGGCGAUUUGUAAUGUUUGGUUUACGAUUGAGAUUUUAGCACGAUUCUUUUCGUGCCCAUCGAGAUUGGAAUAUUUAAAGGUUUGUAGGUCCAAAAAUUUCCACGUGGAUUUUCAGAGUUCAGAAUUUUAUUUCAAAUUGUUAAGAAACUAGCUAAGAAAAGAAUGGGAUACUGUAGCUCUGAUGACUUCUAAUUAACCAAAAAGUGUCAAGAUAAUUGCACCUGGAAGAUACUGUAGCUGCCUAGGGAUAGUUGCUUGAAAAAGAAAAGUUCAGAACAGCAGAUCGAUUAGUCUUUACUGUAGUCAUCUAGGGGUGGCUGCUAGAAAUUUAAAUAUACAUAGUAGAAAAGGAUGCUUGACAAGUGUUUAGUUGUCGGAGAAAUGCCUUUCUAUAAUUUCUCAAUUCUAAAAUUCAAUUCCGAAUUUCUAGGCCCCCGGUCAACAUAAUCGACAUAAUCGCCACGCUCACCUUCUACAUCGAUGUCAUUUCUGCAUACAUCGGAACAGCGGCUGAUCUCGAAUUCUUCUCGAUUAUUCGAAUUAUGCGUCUAUUCAAAUUAACCCAUCACAAUGCGGGUCUCAAAAUUCUAAUGCACACAUUUCGAGCAUCGGCCAAAGAAUUGAUGUUGCUCGUAUUUUUCCUAGUUUUGGGUGUUGUUGUUUUUGCGUCUCUGGUUUAUUAUGCAGAAAGAGUGGAGAGUAAUGAGGAUAAUCAAUUUCAAAGUAUUCCGAUUGGAUUGUGGUGGGCGGUAAGUCUAUUUUCAUCUUUAAGCAUCUCUGGUUUUCUAGAUUUAUAGGAGUAAAGCUCUAAAAAUAUAGGAAAUGUUGUUCUAGAAGGUCAGAGAAAAUUGAAUUAAUUAGGGGCUUUUUGAUUGUUUUUAGGGAAAGGAAAAAGUUAGCUAGUAUUUUUGAGAAAGAGGAAAGAUUUAUAAGAGGGUAACUUUGAGCCACACGAUUUUGCCGCGUUCGCGGAAGAAUGCGGAGCUUCGCAAGCUCAAGCUAUUAAGAAAAAAAUAGUUGUUCUCAAAACUUUAAGUUAGCAGCCUAAAUAAAUCUUGAUUUUCCUCCACCUCCAACUUCCUAUUCCCCAUUAUCUACAGAUUGUAACAAUGACAACAAUCGGCUACGGAGAUAUCACACCUCAUACAUAUUUGGGUCGUCUAAUUGGUUCAAUUUGUGCAUUGGCUGGUGUGCUCACAAUUGCUCUUCCAGUUCCAGUUAUUGUUUCAAAUUUUGCAAUGUUCUAUUCGCAUACUCAAGCAAGAUCUAAAAUGCCGAAGAAAAGGAGGGGAGUAUUGUCGAUGGAUCAAGUCGCACAACAUGUGAGUUUGAUUGAACCAAAAAUUUAAAAAAGUAACUGUUUCAAAAUUUUCAUGAAAGUUUUUUUCUGAAAUUUGAAAUGUUGAUAAAACUAAUUAGUAACUUUAAAAAGCAAAUUUUGCCACGUCAUAACGCUUUUUUCGAGCCACCAAUUUACUUUAUUUAUUCAUCAGACCAUUUUAUUACACCAAAAACUUUGUGAUGUAAACUUUAUGGAAUUUAUGAAAUUCUUGAGUUUUUUUUUCAAAUUUUCAGGUCAAAAACGCGCCUAUUCGAAAUUCAAACGGUCCGCAUCAACGAAAAAAUCAUGAACAAACUCCGCUGGUCAACAAUCACACUAAUCACAAUCAUUCACCGCCCCACACUUUGAUUUAG